AUGAAGACUCCAAUGCUUUUGCUACUUCUCUCGUUCUCUCAACUCCUUCUCAUCACCAUCCUCCCGUUCGCAUCCGCCGACCUCGUCGACGACACAUGCAAGAAGACGCCGUACGCCGACUUCUGCGCCUCAACUCUCAGGUCCGACCCCCGAAGCUCCACCGCAGACACCAAAACCCUAGGCCUAAUCAUGGUCGACAAGGUCGAUGUGAACGCCAUGUCAACUCUGGCCAAAAUCGAGGACUUGCUUGGCAAAUCCCCCGGCCCGGGGACGAAGCAAGCGUUGACCUCUUGCGAAGAGUCGUACAAAAUUAUCACAAGCGCAAUGGUGCCCUCGAGCAAGGACAGUUUGACAAAAGGUGACUACAAGUACGCCGUGUACUACAUGAACAGCGCGGCGAAUGACGCAACAGAGUGCGAAGCGGGCUUUGGAGGCUCGAAGUCACCAUUAUCAGACUCAAAUGAUUAUGAGCACAAGGCGGCCUCGGUGGCUUCCGCCAUUGCCAGUACAUUGCUGUGAGCACUAAUGAGAAAUGAUAUGUUAGAUUAAUAAAGGUUGUAGAAGAAAUGUUU